CCUUCAAUCCGCUCGACUUUUUCUGAUCGUGUGGAAAUACACCGAGACAGCGUCGCUGGAAGACAACAACUCUCCGACGGUGAUAGCUUCGUUCCUCUGCUUGGGUGAUGCCAGCUGGCGUGGGAAUCGCGUGGGUUUCCAUUCCAGUGGCAAGCUACCUCUACGGACGAGUGCUAAGGCAGACUGAAAAAGGAGUCUGGGAACGCCGGCGCCAUGUCACAACCAGCGAGCUGGGUCUCCACAUGAUGGAGGAUUUCGUCCGGUGUGUUUAUUCUUCACGAUGCUGGAAAGAGAAGAUGUUGCGGUCACUGUCACGUGUGGGUAGAAUGGGAGGAGACUGUGAUAGUCGGUGAUGCCGGUCGAAAUAUGGAGAUAUAUCCUCAUGGCCAGCGUUAUCAGGGCUCUACAGAGGGGUGAUAAAAGUCUGCAAUAUCAAGAGCACGUUUUCGACGUCUUGGCCCGGGAACCAAU